UCUCCCUCCAUAUUUUUCCCACCAUCACUCUUUCUCUCUCCUCAAUCACACCUUCAUCCUCUCAAUUCAUUCAUUAGUUCUCAAAUCAAUCUAUCUUUUUCUUCUCAAAUUAUUAUCUAUUAUUAUUAUCAAUGGAUUCCUCAAAAACGCCAUUGAUGAUCCCCUUCAAAUCAAAGAAGCCACUCCUCACUACCCCCGUCAAGAAGAACAACAACAGUAACCUAGCAGCUGUUGCGACUCCGGAACGGGCUAACCCGAAUCCCAGUACCCGGAUCCGCAAGCAGAACUUCGCGCUCUCGAUUUCAGAUGUUCGGCGAACUGCCCUUCAGCUACAAAAAUCCAACAAUGCUGGGUCGGAUCUUCCGAAGGUGGUGCCGGAGAAGGUGAUCGGAAGUGGAAUCGGUCAGAAGCUUAAGGGAUCCGCGAAACCCUCUGCAUCUUUACCCCAAAAGUAUGAGAUGCUAUGUGAAUUCUUCAAUGCAAUGGUUAGUUCAAUUCGGCUACUCCGAUUGAAAAGGCAGCAAUCAACUCUUACUAAGCUUGCGAAGAGUAUCGAGUCUUUGACUGACAGGAGGUUUACAUUGCAUCACUUAGCUCAAUUGAAGUACCUAAUGCCACAAGUAAUCGUGGCAAAGAAAAUCCGUGUUCAAGAUGAAGAAACAAAAUGUAUGAAGGAGGAGCUUCUUGUUUCACUAGAGGUUGUGGUUGUGGAAACUGACAAGAAUGUCAAAGGUGGUGGUGGUGGUGGAUUUUCCCAAUUAAAGGAGAUAUUCCGGUCACAAAUCAUGGACUUUUACAAAACCCAACAUGAGGAUGCUGAUGUUCCUGAGGGAGAAUUACCUCACCUAUUCUAUCAACCAAAACAAGAACCCGAAGAAAACAUGAAUAAAACAACACCUGCAACAUUAGCAGCAUCACUUUCUGCUCCCUCAUUUAAGAGACGCUUCUCAUCCAUGGCAAACAAACCAUCUUCUAGCUUUUCAGAAACUUUCACCAAAGAAACCACUUCUGUUGAAGCUAAUGCAACACUGUGUGAUUUUGCUUCAACACCUGCAAAACUUGCUUCAAUUCCUCCAUCCUCUAGCUUUUCAGAAACUUUCAUCAAAGAAAUCACUUCUGUUGAAGCUAAUGCAACACUGUUUGAUUUUGCUUCAACACCUGCAAAACUUGCUUCAAUUCCCGCAGAACUUAUUUCAACACCUGCAGAACUUGCUUCAACACCUGCAGAUCUUGCUUCAACUCCUGCAAGAUUAAUGGCUGCCACACCUACAUUGCGCCCUCCAAAACGCAGUUUGUUUUGCGAUUCACCCAACAAAUCAUCUAAGCGUAGUAAAUCCUUAAAGUUUGUGGAAAACAGCAUUGAUAUUGAGGAGGAUCAAUUCAGCCAAGUUAAUCCUACACAAAGCUCCAUCAUUUCAAAGGAUGAUGUCCUGGAAAUACUUCCCGAAGGACUUUUACAGUCGUUGUUGGAGAAAGAAAGGAAGAGCAUCGAAGAGAAAGACCCAGUUUUUGUACAAGCAAAGAGAAGGCAACAGUUGAUAGCUAGUGUACCUAAACUCUUUGACAUGAUUCUUCUCUUGUUCAAGUCCAUCAACCGAUCUGUUAUCACAAAAGAGGAACUUAUUUACAAAUUACUAUCUGGCCAUUUGGAAAUUGUUGAUAGAGCUGAGAUUGAAGAACAGCUUAACUUGCUACAACAACUUGCCCCAGAAUACAUAUCUGAACAGCUCAGUAUCAGUGGAGAUACUCUCCUACGCCUGAACAAAUCUUCAUGUCAUGAAUCAAUACGCAACAAGUUGUUCGAAGCGAAAUGAAACUCAGAAGAUUACCCAGAGUUUUGACAGUAUCAGAAAAGUAGAUGGUUUUUUUUUUAGUUAUUUGUAAGUUAUUAAUCCAGUAGAAGAGCAAAGUGGCUGCUGUAUCAUGUGAGCUUAAUUCCAGCCAAUCCAGCCAUAUUGCAUUUUGUACAUGCCUACUGACUAAGUGACUAGUGACUAUUGUGAUAGUGUAAUGAUCCAUUACCCUGAUUUUGUAUAGAGAUUUUCAACUGAUUAUAAUGGAAUCCAUUGAUUAUGUCUAAA